CACAGCAGAACUUUGUUUUGCGUGACAUUUGACAUUAAGCACGACGGCAACCAACAACAGUGUGGAGUUUAUAAUUCAUUUCAUUAUGGAUCCUCUAAACUUAAAAGAAGAUGAUCUUUCUCUCAAUGAUUUUCUUUCAAAAGUUGAUGAGAUCGAUAAGAUUGUUAAGGGAAUGAACACUGGUGAUGAAUCCGAACAAAAUAUGGCAUUAUCAAAAGCUGAUAAGAUGCUCAAGGAGACAGAAAGUGAACAAACUACUUCCAGUAUCAAUAAGACAAUCAUAAAUGGAACACCAACAAAACAAGAGAACCCUCAAGGAAUUAGCCAAGAUGCAUUUAUGGCAUCUGUUGAGGCAGAUGCCAGGGAGCGUGCUCAAAGGCGUCGGCUCAAAACCAAACAGGCCACCCAGUUGAAAGAGCAGGGUAACAUUGAAUUCAAGGCAGGCAACUUCAAUAAGGCUGUCGAAUACUAUACACAAGGACUUGAUUGCCUCAGAGACAUGGUGGUACUCUACACCAACAGAGCCCAGGCUUAUAACAAAUUAGGUCAGUACGAAUCUGCUAUAGAAGAUUGCAACACUGCUUUACGCAUUGAGGAGAAGAACACAAAAGCUUACAUUCACAAAGGCAAUGCACAUCUAAGUCUGUUACAGUACACAAAGGCAAUCGAAACCUACCAAGAAAUAUUGAAAGUUAACCAAAAACAAGAAAAGCUAGUGAAUGAUUAUGUUAAGAAAGCUCGCUUAGCUAUGGAAGCAGCAGAGGCCGAGCAGGCAGCAUCGAAGGUGGUAGCUGAUGGAGAGAUACAGGCCUCAAACCUGCUGCAGCUGCUUAACAAAUUGAAACAGCCUGACAAGCCAAUUAUCUACUACCAAGGAGGCUUGCAACUCCUUGCAGUUCAAAUAAACAAUGAUACAUCUAAGACACUGUUCCGUUCCAAUGCUGGCUUUGAACUGCUAUUUAAAAAAUCAUACCUGAGUGAGAAGAUUCAGCAAGCUCACACAAGUCAGGACAAGGAGAAUUUGGAACUUGCCAGAGCCACUGUACAAGUAUGCAUACAAGCAACUUCUAAACAUGAUGUAAAUACUAAGUAUUUAUUAGAGCUGCAGGGUUUUCAUGACUUCCUGCUAAACAGCCUCCAGGUUGCCACUUGUGCUGCCUUGAAGGAGGAGUGUGCCAGAUUCCUGUUCCAGUUGUCACAGACAAGCUUAGCAAGGUCUACCAUCAUAUCAAAACUGGAUAUAUCAAGGUUGAUGUUGGGCUUGAUCAGCUGUGUGCAGAUCUCUCAGCAAGGGGCAGAGAAUGCAAUGAAGAGUUUAAACAAUCUAGCCCUCGAGAAACAAUUUUUAUCUCUUGUACGUGUAGAAAUGAAAAGUAACUUAUUGCCAGCAUUUGAAGAAAUUCUUGUACACAGCGAGGCAGUAAGUGAAGCUGUGUUGCCAUCUUGUAUAUCAACCAUUUCAAACAUGGCACAUGAUGACCAUAUUAGGAGACAGAUGUCAGCUGAUAAGAGUUUCUGGCAAGCUAGCCUUACAAUAUUAACCAAGCACUGUAGCAAGACAAACAGUGAAGCAAGUGAAAGUGUGUUAGAGCCACUACUUGGAUUGUUGAUGAACCUAGCCCUUGAGAAGUGUCACGCCGAGCACCAGCUUGCACCUCAGCUUGCAGUCUGCGUCAUGCCGCUUCUUAGCAGCAAGAAUCCUCAACUAAUACUGCGUGUAUGUGGUCUACUAAGCCGCGCGUUGGUGCACUCGCCUACUGCUGUUGAUUACUGUGUCCAGCAUGGUAUAGUGGAUGUAAUGAUGAACAUAAUUAUACAGGGUAAUGAUGACAUUUGUGAAAAGUACGCAGUCAAGUGUUUGACUGUUUUAUCUCAAAACAACAGUGAAGCACAAAAACAAAUUAUCAGGAAAGAUAAAGGUUUAACUAGAUUGGUACAUCUAUUGGAUAGUGAAGAUGAUAUGAUGAUAGCCAAUGCAGCCUUAUGUAUUGGCCACUGUGCACAGGAGCCAGGGUGUAGCAAAAAUAUCAGUACUGAUGUAGUACAAACACUGCUCACAAAGACAGACACCACUAACGCUUCCAUCAAACAGAACUGUGCCAUUACGCUUGCUAAGCUAGCAACCACAAGUCCAGAACACCUAAAGACACUGCAGGGAUUAGGAGGAAUAGGCAUACUGCAUAGUUGUAUGAAGUAUGUGGAUACGUGACAUCUGAUGCAUGUCGAAAGACACUACAGAAAAGAUGGAUAAAUAGACAGUCUCCAAGAUACAUUGAUAUACAGUAGUUAUAAAUAUCCUGCGAAGCUAAAGACACUUUAGAAAUGAAUGAUAGACAGCCUUCAUGAUGGUAUAUGAAGCAUUGUUAUUACACUGACAGCUAUUGAACCAUGAACCUCUGCCAGUCUGUUAAUGCUGGUACAAUCAUAGCUAGUGUCUGUAGAUAACUUGGCCAUCUAUUGUUUGAUAACCAAUGAAAGGACGAAGGGCUUGCUCUGCAAAUGACUAUUGCAUCAGUGAUCACCUGAUAUCUACCUGCCCUGCCUUUCCUUUAUUCUGUUGACCAGAUCUCUCAAAUUAUUUCUGCUUGAGCAAAUUAACAUUUAUAAGUUGUGAAUUAUUGUUUUUUUAAUGGGAGUCAUUGAGAUGGGAUUUUCUAAAGUUUGAAAUAAAGAUGUUCAGGACUACU